AUGGGUAGCUUGUUUAUAAGAUGCUACAUGUCAGCAGGAGACAGGAAACGAGUUCGAUUCGAGACGAAAGAAGUAUCAUCAUCUAAUAUGGCGUGGAACCAAUCCUUCUCUUUCGAUUGUUUCGGACCCGAAGAAUCCGUGAGCAACAUGCUGCUGGAAGGAAGCGUGAUGUUUGAACUCCGAAGGAGGUGCGGAACUUCAUUUUUUGGAAGAACAGGAAAGUCACAACUCCUGGGAAAAGCCGAGGUUCCUUGGAACACCGUUUAUGAAUCAUCGACGAUGGAUAUCGAGAAAUGGAUUGUGAUGAAUCCGAAAAGGAGGUUGCCUGAGGGUGUGAAGCCCCCUGCUAUUGAAGUUGGAAUGAGAGUUACUGGAGCUCAAAAAGCUUUAAACCAUAGGAAAAGCAGUGGUGGGGAAAUUUUAGAGGAACGUGAAAUAUUUGCAUUAGAUGCAGCUUUGGAGUUCUCAUGUUAUUAG